AUGGCCUCCUUGCCUCCUACAACUCUGCCUAAUCCACCAGUGCCUGUUCCACGACCAUCUGGGCGAACCACAAAUCCAGCCGCACCAAUUUCAAGACAAGGGCGUGGCACUCCUCGCCGGAGUUCAUCGCGCUCCAUAAAAAGAAAGAAGUUUGAUGAUGAACUUGUUGAGAGCAGUCUUAAAAAGGCCUCCAAGCAAAGAGUUGACAUUACAGGAUUAGAGAAAGAAGUUAAAAGACCAAUGGUAAAGUUUAAUGUAAGAAUAAUACUGAUUAGUAAAUAACACCAUAAAGUCACUGAUUGGCUUUUCAGUCUCAUUCACAGCAGAAAUCCUGUUAGUUUUAGACUGAGAAAACUGCUAACAUCUCGAGAUGCCACAACUGGUUUCCCUGCAAAAUGAAGUCUGAGGAACAAGUGCAUAAAUUUUAUACUGAUGACAUGUUAGUGUAGACCCAGAUCUGGGUGGUGGUUCUGAUUGGUUGAAAAUUUGCCUUAUCCAAUCGGAAGGACCACCAAGAUCUUGGUAGUGACACAUCAUCAGUAUGGAAUUUCUACGCUUGUUCCUCAGACACCAUUUUAUGGGAAAACCACUGAUGGCGUCAUGAAAUGUUGGCUGUUUUCUUAAGCUACCAGUAUAUUAGUUUUGGAUUAUAGAAACUUUCUUCUUAUUUAAUCCGUGUUGCAGUAGACACAAGUUCUGCCCCAGCAAUAAUAUAACUUUGGGAAGUUAUUAAGAGUACAGUCAAAGCUCUCGUUACAGACCUUCACGUAAGCAGACACCUCUACCGAUGGUCGUCAUGACAAAACCCUGUUUAAAGUCACUACUCAGUUCUUGAUUCUCAAAACGUUCGAGAAUUGAGUCUUGAGAAUAACUGCUAUCACCAUUGCUUUUGCUUACAUUCCGUAUUGUCCAGGCAAAACUAUGCCUGGAUCCAUAGUUUGCAGGGAACUUAUCCUGACAGCACUUCUUUGCCCACCUUCAAUCUGAAAUAUAAUACAUUCUCAUUUUUUAGCCCACAGGUAAAGGUCCAAAAAAACAGCGAAAGAGCAAGGUCAGGACCACUACAUGUAGAGGUUUAUUGCAGUAUCAUUUCCUAUUCUUUGUUCUUUUUUAUUUAUUUACUAGUUGUUACUUUCACUAAGUACCAACAAAGAAUAAGAAUUUGCCUACAUCACCGGUUUUAGUUCCAAUGUUUAUAAAACCAUUUCAGCUGCUGAGGCGAGAAUUUCCACUACAAGCACUCCUCGUUCCUACAUUUCUGCCAUGCUCUUGGCCUUAAAAUCGCUCUUAUUCUUCUGUUUAGACAUUUUUAGACACCUUAAACUUGUUGAGUUUCAAACAGUGAAAGGAAAAUAACAUGUAUAGGUUAGCAUGAACUUGAAAUAGCGAGUUUUAGUUCGUACAAGACUAGUACAGUAGUGUGGCAGAGAACAAUGUCCGAACUUUGAAAUUUUGUUUUCAACAAAGGUCAUCAAAAGUCAUGUGAAACUACACAUGAAAUCUAAGGCUACUAAAAUCCCCAGGGAAUCUACACCUUGCAUUACACUUACAUUACACUUUUCACAGCACGAUCAAGAAUUUUUCUGCCUGCUGCAAUACUUUGCGUGGCAUUAAGCUGGCCACCUCGCAAGUCGACUGUCUUCGCUCGGCUUGCUCGUUGACAAUUAUUUAUUGCUUUUAUUCUUUUGUCUUGAUGAGGCAUGAGAGGUGGAGGUCAUAGUGUAUACCCUUGGAUUACCUUAGACUCAUUUCCGUUUUCUAAUAAAAGUUCUUGGAAGUGGAGAUCCUCAGGCUUUUUUUUCAUAGUUUGUAUUUCCUGAUGGAAAAUCUAUUUAUAAACUUAAACCUUGCACUCAAAUAGUGGCCGAAGAAAAUGUUCUCAAAAAAAAUCAAAUUUCUCUUUGUUAAAUAGCACUCUAUGCAAUAGCUGUGUCAAAGAGAUUCUAUUUGAAUAGUUACACCAUAGGAUUUCAUCCACAGAUCUGAAGUUAGAGUGACAAUUAAUGAUCCCACCAUAACUUGGUCUAGGUGUAAAAAGGUUACUGUUGAUUGUUGUAGGAGAAUUUAUUUGUUAAUCAUUUCUCUAUUCAUUGUAGAAUCCUCAAGUGAAUAAAGAUUUUGGACGAUGGAGACCAGCAGAUGAUUUGGCUCUCAUCACUGCAAUCCAACAGGUAAAAGACAAUAAGAACCUCUUUUUUACAGUGCAACCGGGAAGACUGUGAACACUUGAAAUAAUUAUCUCAGGAAUGUUUAUUGUGUUAUGACCAAUCACAGCAAAGAUCAGGACACGCGAACUGGCCACAAAACCAUAAACUGGUUAACGUUCUUCCUUGUGGUUUAGUUUUCUCACACCUGAUUGGCUUUUCUCUUGCAAGACAAUAAACAUUCCAGAAAUAUUUCUGGUGUUCACAGUUUUCACGGUAUGACUGUAAGUUCCUCUAUCGGGAAGAAUGUUUCAAUGAUUGCUCAAGGUUUAUCAGUGCUCAAAAAAACUUGAUUUCCAGCUUGUCCUUUGAGCAAGCAGCUCUGACAUUUUGCACGUCAGGGGUCACCUCUUGCUCGUGUUAGUUAACAAUGCUGUUAGACGAUAACCUGCCUAGAUCCUUACUUAUUGGGAAAAGUAAGCUUUGAAAGUUACUUCCCCAGCAAGAAAAUCAACUUGUCACAGACUAGCAGGUGGGACUUGUUUUCCAGCCCUGUUUAUAUUUUUUUCUUGUAGACAAAUGACCUGACUGCUGUUUACCUUGGAGUGAAGUUCUCCUGUAGAUUCAGUCAGAAAGAAAUUCAAGAGAGAUGGUAUCAGCUUCUCUAUGAUCCCGUAGUGUCUAGGUUUGUGUCUCUUUGUUUGACAUACAUAAACCUUAUUUUUGUUUGAGUUCAAGUACAAAGAAACAAGGUUUCAGUUGUGUGUAAGUUCAAAAUAUAAAAUAAUGACAAUCAAAAGUGUUAUAGCUACUAAAAAUAACUUUACUGAAUCAGCAACUUUGGGAAGAUCUACAUGUACCUUUAAACUGAAUGUGAGAUGUUUUUUGCAAAACACAAGUCUGUGCAUUUUAGAAUUUGUUACAGUGAAACCUUUAUUAAGCAGACACCUUCGGGACCCUCCCAAGUGUCCGCCUAAUAGAGGGUGUCCUCUUUAUAGAGAUUUGUAAAAAUUGCUUAAUGUUUGUUAACGAUUAGCAUUCAACGGUUACUCUGUACUGUGAUAAAGUUCCAUAUUGUUAAGAAAGCUAUCCAAAGUUCAAGUUCAUUACCUUUCAUUACGAAUGUUGAUUAAUUUGUUUGUAAAUGCAAAAACAUUAACCGACUACAGUACAUUUCUCAAGGACGUAAUCCAAUACUACUGUUGUCAAUUCAGUCUGGUGUCCGCUUAAUAGAGGUUUUUAACAAUAGAAAUUAGCCUAAUACAAUUUAUUUUAGUGUCUGCGUCUGCUUAAUAGAGGUGUUCACUGAAUAGGGGUUCAUUACAAAGGGAAAUAUGAGAAGUUAAUUUCAGGACCUGGCUUAGUAUCUGCGCAAUAGAGGGUGUCUGCUUAAAUGGGGGUCCGCUAAAUAGAACUUUCACUGUACAGUCAAUUCCAGAGGUGGACAAUCUUGGAACCAGGGAAAGUAUCAAUUUAAAGGGUAGCCAGCAUUGCAGGCCUGUUCUUUGGGUGCGCACAAAUGUUUAUGCUUAAUGCUUGCAUUUAACUGCCUUGUUGAAUGUCGAAAAAGUCAAGGAGUUUGGAGGAGUCAAAGGAGGGAAAGAAGGGGUGUGAGGAGAGAGAGUUUUUUCUUCUCCCCUCGCCCUUGCCUUCACCCACCUUGUUUUUAGGCCCAACUCCUACAUGGACCUCAAGGGCUGGUAUUAAUUUUGUACUGUACUUUUCUCUGUCACAAAAUGAAAUAUGGCAGCCACAACAAUAUCAGCUUAAACAACCAGCUUUUGAUUGCAAAAAAAAUAUGUCUGCUCACAGCUAGCCUAUUAGGAUAUUUUUAUGCAGAAGUUGUCCAUCAUUGCAUGAUUGAUAGCAUACAAUAAAAUGCAAACCUCGUAGUAAUCAGGGGUGGGUCUAGAAAAUUCAGAAAGGGGUGGUGGGACACUUAACAGCCUACUGAGACGGAAUUCUAUAAAAAUAAUACAAAAUUUCAAAGGAGAAGGGGUGGCUGCGGCCCCCUCAGCCCACCCCUAAAUCCGCCCAUGUUAUUGUAUAAGUGCCUGUCUUUGCCUGUGUCUUAUGAGUGAAUUGAAUGUGAGUUAAUCAUACCUGUCCACAUAUCUGUAUUCUUAGGUUGGCUACAACUGCCAUUAAACAGCUUCCCCCAGACAUUAUAGCUGAGGCACAAAACAGUGCACUUUGGAGCAAGGAUGAGGAAAACAUCUUAGCCAACGUUCCUGCAGUAUGAUGACAGUUUUUUGUUGUGGACAUUUUUAAUUUUCUAAACCAAAUCAAAUUUAAUAAAGCAUGAUUUAUUUCUUUAGCUAAACUAAAGCUUCACAAGCAAAGCUUUUAAGUGUUUUUUGCGCACUUGAUUAGUAUACAUAGUAUUCUUCUUUCUUCCAGAACAGUCCAGCUUCAUUAGAAUUAUUCCAGGACUUGUUAGGUAAAAAUCCAGCAGUUUUUCACCAAUGUCGAUCAGCCAAGGCUUUAAGGAAUCACUGGCUUCUUAUGCGACAAUUCCAGCUCCUUUCUGAUCAAACAGGUAGGAUCAUUAUAAUGCAGCCUUUCCAAUCCUUUUUUGCAAGCAUUUCAAUAGCUGACGUUCAUUAUAUUAAAAUGCUUACAUGGCUCAGGGGUGUUAGGGUCAAAAUUGCAAAUUUUUCACGACUUCAUUGUCUCACAAUUUCCAGAAGAGACUUGAGCACAAAGAAAACCAAACCAAAUGUAGAAAAAUGACUAGAAAACCUCGGAGUCAUGUUAGAAUUUUAAUAUAUCGAAUGUGGGCUAUUGUGGAAAACUGAGUUUACAUGUAAUAUCAUCCCAAAUUUUUGUGUUUGGUUCCCCCACUGACUCAACGCAACAAUUUCUUUGGAAACUAAACCCUUGAGUCAGUCAGUCAGUCAGUCAAUAACCGAGACAGCAACACAGUUUCAGUCAAUCAGUCUGUCAGUCUGCCAGUCUGCCAGUCAGUUAUUAACCCAAUAACCCAGUUUCAGUCAGUCAGUCAAUUAUCAAGACAUUAACCCAGUUUCAGUCGGUCAGUCAGUCAAUAAUCAUGACAGCAACCCAGUUUCAGUCAGUCAGUCAAUAACCAAGACAGCAACCCAGUGUCUGUAGGGUGAAGAAAUUAGAAAUGCAUUUCCCCCCUUUCUUUACUGUAAGUGUUCUGUGGCUGCAAAACGUUUCUUGCAAGAAACAAGGAUACUGUAUAUCUCACAUGUGCCAUCAAUGAGACCUCAGUUGGAUUUAAGCUGGGCAGUAAGAUAUCGGCACUUAUUCCCCAUAACUAAACUUGUUUUGUCUUCCAGUUUCCACAGCAGAGCAUGCCAUGAGUUUCUCUGAUGCUGAGGAGCAGAUCAAUGAUGCAGAACUACUGUAAGUACACAUACAUGUGAAAACGGAUGUUAAUAAUUCAUUCCCUCAGUACAUACCAAAAACCUUCAUGGUGCAAAAAGGCAGUUCCUUAGCUGGUACCUACUAAGUGAAGAUUUUUAUUUUUUAACCCAAACCAUUUAUCUGCAACCUUGUCCAGACGUCAUAUCCAACCACAGUUAAGAUUUCACUGGAAAUUCACCAUUUUCAAAACGAGAAAGAAACUGGGACGAGUUAACUCUUACAAAGGCUUCUGGGACGGUUUUUAGGGAGAGGGGAAAAAUUGGCCAGUGAGCACGAUCCCAGAAACCACUGCGGGACACAUUUCGGCUCCAGUUCCCUUCUAGCCUGCGUAGCAAGCGUUUCCAAUCGAGUUAUUGCGCGAAAGUUAGAGCGGGAGCAAAAAAAAAUGGAAAGGGGAAUGGGAGAGUAAAAAAAGAAACUUCGCUCCCCUCCCCCUCCCCCGUCAUUCCUUUUUUUGCUCUCGUCCCAACUUUCUCGCCGAACUCAUGCGGAAGCGCUUGCUAUGCAGGCUAGUUCCCUUCUGGUUUCUAAAGUUGCCAACAAUUGUUUAGUCAGUCAGUGCCUGAUGACUGAUUGUUAUUUGCAGCCGUGCUGUGUUGUUGUUUUUUGGUAGUAGAUUUUAAUGGUCUGGUGUUUUUAACAUUACUGUCUGCUUGAAAAACUAGGGAAGCUAAAGAUGACAAUUUGGAGCAAGAGCUUUCUUUAGCUGACAAACGUAACAAACGAGAAAUUCGUCUCUUAGAAGGAGAAAUUCCGCUUUGGCAAGUUAUUGUGGAGAAACUCAAUGCAGCAAGUAAGUUGGAACCUCAGUGGAGAUUAGGAACGCGUGCUCCUCUUGUCGCCCGCAAUUAUUUUAUGUCAUUAGUGAGUAACACUGUGCUCAUUUUCUAACAGCAGGUACUACAACUGUGACCCCAGCCAGUGAAUUUGAUUCUCAUACCCUUGCAGUACUUAGGGGCCGGCUGGUUCGGUACCUCAUGCGCUCCAGAGAGGUUAGCUGUUUUUUCAUCAAAAUUCUCAAAAUAGAAUGAAGAUGAUUUUUUGUAGAAAAAAAAAAUGAAACUGUGAUCGAUGCAUUCAAAUAGUUAUACUACUACAUGAGAAAUUUCUGCAAUUUGAUCGGCUUAGAGCAGUGGUAUUUCAGCUUAGUUUGAAAUACCUACAGGGGAAAUUUACAAACCAUUUGCAGGUAGUAGUAUAAACAAAUAAUAGCAUGAUUUGUAUGUGAUAUUUGGCAUAAAUACCACUCGUGAUAUUUAAAAUUGUCCCAAAUUUGACUCGCCUAACGGCUCGUGAAAUUACGUAUAACAAUUCCGAAAUAUCACUCGUGCCAUUUAUGCCAAAUAUCACUACAAAUCAUGCUAUUACGUAUACAAAUACUAUAUAAGCAAUUUCAAAUUAACCCGGAAAAAGUUUAAGGGCUUCAGUGGGUUUCAAACCCAUGGCCUCUGCGUUAGCGCUCUAGUGCUUUACCCAGUUGAGCAAUGGAAGACCCAAAAAUUAGGAGCCGACCAAUUUGUUGAGUUUAAUCCGUGAAAGAAUCAAACGUGGAAUGAAGACGAUGUUGUAAACUGCGGAAAUACAAAUUUAAGUGAAAAUAUGAUCAUCGCAGUUGUAUAGUAAUAGCAAUUGAACAGUAACUGGUUUUUAAACGUGUUAAAAUGAGUUGAAAGUGUUAAUUUUCCGUUUGCAAAACAGAUUACUGUUGGAAGAUCUACAGCUGACAGCCAUGUUGAUGUAGACCUGUCCUUAGAAGGACCAGCGUGGAAAAUCUCAAGACGACAGGUAAUUAAAGCUUUCACUUUUUUGAACCAAUCCUGGAGCUCGUUGCUUGAAAGUCCCGAUAAUUGACUUCUCGGAAAGCUGUUGCUGUUUACAUUUAGCAUCGAGGUUUCAAUAGUUCUACAGAUAAUGUGAUGAAACUGUCAAUUAACAAAACAAAAAUAAAUGAACUUGUCUGUUAGGUAGGACUAGCGCUUAUAUUUUUCAGACUUUGAUUUGAAUUUUGGAUUUCGGGCCAGAAAUGUUACCGGGACUUUCGAGAAACAGGCCCCUGGUCUUGUUAAGUUUGUCGUUGAUCAAUUUAUUUUGUCCUGUGCAACAUCGGUCAUAGCAAAUAAAUUGUGCUCAGUAAUAAUUCUUGAAGAAAAUACAUAGGAAUCAAUGGUGUCGUUACAUCUUUUCUUGCCCAAAUUCACUCCAAAUCUGAAUGUAAGUGCAAUAAUGAGUAGAUUUACUUCAGACCUUUUUGAAGAUCUUCAAUAAACUCACAGUUCGUGCUUUAUCAAGUCUAAAACGCUCGGCUCUGCCCUGUGUUUUAAAACUGAUAAAACACUCCCGCUCGACUCUGCAUAGGGUUUGUGUGAGUGUGUGGUGUCUGCCUUUGAGAGCUUAGAAACCAGAAAAAGCUCGCUAAGUAUAAAUCGCACCCAUCAAGAGUGUCCGUAGCCUCCCAGGCAGGCGUUUUUAGGGGAGCUCGUUUUUCAUCCCUGGGAUGAAAAACGAGCUCCCCUAAAAACGCGUAGGAGGCUAGACUGUCCGCGGCUAUGUGCGGUAGUGGUAGGCUCGAUUACCAGUCGCUGUUCGGGAAAUGAGCCCGCGCUCCUCCUCUUGUGGCGAAAGAACGAGGAGAACGAGAGAGUGACGGGAAUCUAGCCGAACUGGAACAAUCGUCUACCACAAUGUGUAAAUGCAGAUUUUGCAUAGGAGUUCAAUCUGGGUUUUUGCAUUGCAACCUUAAGUAGAGCUCUCCGAUUACGAGAGCUUAUACUGUAUUUUGAACAUAUUAUAUUAGCUCUUCUUUUUUUGUCUUUCCUAGGCGGUUAUUAAACUGCGAAGUGAUGGUGAGUAUUACGUCAUCAACGAGGGGCGCAGACCGCUGUACAUAGAUGGUAAGCCCGUCAUCGUGGGAACCAAAGCGAGGCUCCAUCACAACUCUACUUUUGAGGUAAAGCGUUAAUUUUGUCGAAUACAUCUUCUUAACCUAUAAACAUGGAAGUUGCCUGAUCAAUAUUUUGGUUUGGGAUUAUGCGAGGAAUUUUCUGUGUGUGUGUGUGUGUGUGUGUGUGUGUGUGUGUGUUUUUUUUUUAAGAAAUGCUUUCCCCCUCCCCCGUCUCAGCCAUUUAAUAAGAAAAAGCGUUGCCCUCCCUUUGUAUCAAAGGCCCGUUUUGCCGCUUUUCGCAAGUUAAGGUUAUAGUCGUUUCCUUGGAGCGCACGAGCGCUUCACCUGGAAUGCGGUUUGGUCAAGUACUGACCCUGCACCAUGUGUUGAAUGUCAAUGUCAAAUUAAGUUAACGCCCUUGAACGCACUUUCUUUUCUCCAAAUGGUCCUCUGCCGUCAGUUACACAUAAAAAAACACUGGGUGUGAAAAUGCAUCUUUACUUCACGGCAGCGCUUGGUUCCAUACUCAUAUUUUAUCGAUUGUGGCGUGCAAUUUCAGUUCAUAACUACAUGAGGAAAAGAUCAACAUGUUUUCCGCCCUUGUUACCAGGUUAACUCUUUUCUGCGUUUGUCCCCUCCUUCAUUUUGUUCCUCGUACCAGAGGAAGAGGAGACCACUACUCGGAGCUGGUAACUGCUAUACGUAGGCUGUGUUACCCGCGGGUUCUGGAAGCGCAUUCCCGGGAUCCCGGGAUUUGACCAAAAUACAGUGCAGGAUUCGGGAAACGUUAACUGGUUUUAAUAGCUACCCGGGAAGUGGGAUUCGCCAAAAUCUGGGCAUAGGAUGCGGAAUGGGGAAAGUAAACGAUAUUCAGGAUAGAGAUGACAGACGUUCAGGAUACGGGCAUUUUCAUAGACUAGUUUAAAAACAUAACUUUCUUGGCGAUAAAGUGGAUAAUAGAACUAAAAAUGUUCUUUGCUCCUUCAUCUCAACAGAUUUGCGGUCUUCGCUUCGUGUUUCUGAUAAACCAAGACAUUCCAGGAGCGACAAAGGAAACAAAGCAAGUCACGCCCUCGCAGCACGGAAAAGUCACUUAACCUUAAUACCAUACGAUAAGCCAGGAGCCCAUGUACGAACAAGCAGAUCAAUGCGCUAAUGCGUCGACUUCCCCUUUGGGAAGUUUGAAGUUUCAAGAACACAAUUUUUCUAAGUGACUCUGUAUAUAAAUAAAGGAAGAACUAAAG